AGAUGGCAGGCUUGCGCUUCUUCACUUCGACACUUGUUAUCCCUGUUGUCCGCGGAUGGAGCUAGUUAGCUUAGCUUCAGUGAAACUCUCCGGAGUGUGUCAGUGUGUCGUCCUCGGGUCGUCUCGUGAAGGAGGAUAUCCCGGACUGACCUGCAGCGUUUUAAAAGCAGUGGAAACUCUCAGGUUACUCCACCAAACCGCUCUUAAAACAAGCCAAUUACUAACAAAAAGUGGUUAAUUUGACAAUUGAACGGCGACAGAAGAUGAAGUAUGUGUAACGUAAACCUGGGACAUAGCCGCGAGCCACCCCGACGGAGCGCUCGUGUUCACCGGGUUACCCACCAGCUGGACUCGCAGAAACAUGGAUGCUGAGGGAUAUAAACACGGUCCACACUUCACAGAAGCAGAGAGUCUUUGGCAUGAGAUGCAGAAAUCAGGAGAUCUGGAGCAGCGGAGCAGAGAUGGAGACGCCUGGAAGCUGGUGGACGUGUUUCUUUCAGGAGGCGCCCCGUGGGGAUUUACUCUCCGAGGAGGACUGGAGCAUCGAGAGCCUCUGCUCAUAACCAAGGUAGAGGAGGACAGCAAGGCAGCAGCUGUGAGUCUCCAGGUGGGAGACGAGCUCGUCAACAUCAACGAGAUUCCCCUGAGCGGCUUCAGACAGGAGGCGAUCUGCCUGGUGAAAGGCUCCCACAGGACCCUCAGCCUGGUGGUGAAAAGGUUGGUAACCAAUCCACGUGCCCUCUCCUCCUACACCCCCCCCUCCCCUCACUAUGGUAACAUCUCCAACAACAAG